GCUUGAUAGGCACGGUACAUAUAGAAGCAAGAAACUUACUUUGUUCCCGCCAUUGUUGAGAUAUAGCAACUGAGGUUGAUGGUUGGCAAACAAAGCUCUUGAUUCUCGUUAAGAAAGCUCUUGGCAAACAAAGGUCUUGGCAAACAAGCUGAAGAGUCUCUUAGCUCAUUAAGAAAAAUUUACCAGGAUGGUUAUCACUGAUGUUCAUGAUAUUGUGCUCCAUUUUAUGGGAAGAAAAGUAAGAGUGGCUAAGAGUUAUUGUCGCCUUCUUGAAUAUUUUAUCAAUUCUUCUUUGCUGUUGUCUCCAACCUCAGCAUCCCAGGCACAGCUGCUUGUGCAACCUGUUGCAGUUGGUCUGUCUAUUGGGUUGUUUCCUGUUCCUAAGGACCCUGAAGUGUUUGUUCGUAUGAUGCAGUCUCAGGUUCUGGAUGCGAUAGUUCCCAUCUGGAAUCACCCUUUGUUUCCAAAUUGUAAUCCAGUUUUUAUAACUUCUAUUAUUUCACUAAUCACUCAUGUAUAUUCUGGUGUUGCUGAUGUUAAACAAAAUCGUAGUGGGUUGUUAGGGAAUACAAACCAACGUUUGGUGGCUCCACCACCUGAUGAAGCUACCAUUGCUACCAUUGUUAAGAUGGGGUUCUCAAGAGCAAGAGCUGAGGAGGCAUUAAGAAGAAUGGAAACUAAUAGUGUCGAAAUGGCUAUGGAAUGGUUAAAUAGUCAUGCUGAAGAUCCUGUGCUGGAGGAUGAUGAAUUGGCUCGUGCACUUGCUUUAUCUCUAGGAAAUUCCUCAUAAGCAUCUAAAGUCGAUAACACUGAAAAAUCAGUGGAUGUUUUGGCAGAAGAGGAACAAAUUAAGACCCCUUCUGUUGAUGACAUCCUUGCUGCAACAAUGAAGUUGUUUCACAGUAGUGAUUCAAUGGCUUUCCAGUUGACAGAUUUGCUUGUGACUCUUUGCAAUAGGAACAAAGGAGAAGACCGU